AUGCGGCUUGAGUGGGUUCUCAUAUUAUUCGCGGUGGCCUCUGGCGAACCAAAACGAAAGCGGUUGCGCAGUCCUCAGGACAGACCACCAAUUGAACUACCAAAUUACGACUAUGAAUAUCCAGAUGAAUACGACACCGUCGACAUCACAUCGCCGCAACCGAUUGGUGAAUUUCUUUGUAAUACGCACUUUCCUCUUCCUCGUGAAAAACAGUAUAUUGGUUCUACUAAGCGUUUUAUAUAUUGUCAUUUUGCAGAUCCCUUUUCUUGCCGACAUAACUCUACAUGGUAUCGUGAGGGAGACACAUUUGUUGAUGGUUGUCGCCAGUGUAAAUGCAUUGCUAACAAUAUUGAGUGUACUAGUGAAGGCUGCGUUGUAGCGCCUUCAUCAGGUCCAACGGGUGAUCAGGGCGAAUUCGGAACACCAGGAAUACCGGGUGAAAGAGGUGCUCCUGGACCAGCUCCUGAUUUGAUCUCAUACACAUCGCAGUUGUCGGAGGCAUUUGGAGAGAAAGGUCCCGGACCUGCCGACUCUUUUCAAUAUGUGCAGUCGCAAGUGGGACCAGCGGGACAGCGUGGAUCACAAGGGCCACAAGGUCCGUCCGGUCCACAAGGCUUUCAAGGCAUUCGUGGUGAGACGGGACUACCAGGUCCACCAGGUACUACGGGGCUUACAGGUCCACGUGGUUUACCAGGAAUUCCGGGUAAGGACGGAUUCUCCGGAGAUGACGGAGAAGCAGGUCCUCAGGGACCACCAGGACCACCAGGAGCGCGUGGGUUGCCUGGCAUGCCAGGUUUGCCCGGUAUAAAAGGUCAUCGAGGAUAUGAUGGCUUGGAAGGUGCCAAAGGCGAUAUGGGUUCUCCCGGAGAAAAAGGUGCGUCAGGAGGGCAAGGACCUAUGGGUCCACCAGGACCAAUAGGGCCAAUAGGAUCAAGAGGAGAGCGGGGGCGUGAGGGUCCACCAGGGCCCCCAGGUAUACGCGGCAUAGACGGUGUUGCAGGACUAGUAGGUCCACCGGGUUUAGUUGGAAAAUCCGGUGCUCCGGGUUUUCCUGGCCCUCCAGGACCUAAGGGCGACAGAGGACAUGUGGGUGAAAAAGGAUCACAAGGGUUGCAAGGCCCGCGUGGCGAAGCAGGUCAUCCUGGACACACUGGAGAACCUGGUCCACCUGGAAAUCCGGGUCAAGAUGGACUCGUAGGCGAAAAAGGCGCUAUUGGACUCCCUGGUGUUGCUGGACCACCAGGUUUUCCAGGUGUACGUGGUCAACCUGGAUUGACUGGGGAAAUUGGCCAUCCAGGCUUAAGAGGACCUACUGGAGUUCCUGGUGAUCGUGGAAUAAAAGGAGAUACUGGAGACAAGGGAGAGAUGGGCUUACCAGGACUUCGUGGUUUACCAGGAGCUCAGGGUGGCGAAGGUGCUCGUGGAAAACGCGGUAUGAGGGGGGCAACUGGUCCCCAAGGGCCACAAGGUGAGCGCGGUGUUUCAGGACCAAUAGGACCACCAGGUUUAGAUGGUUCUAUCGGCGCAAAAGGCCAAGCUGGAGAACAAGGCAUUCAGGGUAUCAUUGGACCUAAAGGAACAGUAGGCAAUACAGGCCCACCAGGAUUACCAGGUCUCCAAGGAGCACGUGGUAUUAUUGGUCGUAUUGGUGUUCCCGGAAAACCAGGGGUGCCUGGUGAAAGGGGUAUCCCAGGAGCAGAUGGAAAAGUAGGGGAAAAAGGACCACAGGGUAUUCAGGGUUUGCCAGGGCCCAUUGGAAAACCCGGCGAUAAAGGACUGGUUGGAGAACCGGGAAAAAACGGUGAGCCUGGUACUCAAGGAGUAACAGGUCCAAGAGGAGAUUCUGGCAAAGAAGGUUUACCUGGUCCACCAGGAUCUCCUGGCCCACCUGGAACUGUUGGACAACGUGGAAUAACCGGUCCUGUAGGACCAAGGGGAUUCCAAGGCUUACCUGGACAGCCAGGUGUCGCCGGCAAGCCAGGGAAAGACGGUGAAACUGGAGUUGCAGGUCAACCAGGCACACCGGGUCCAAUUGGAGUACGUGGUGAGCGCGGUUUGCCGGGAGAACGUGGUGCUCAAGGUCUACCAGGAUCGCCUGGACUGCGUGGUGAGACAGGCCAAACAGGUCAUGAUGGUGUGCCAGGUGCACCAGGACCUAUAGGUUCGAAGGGACAUCAGGGUGCUCCUGGAAUGAUAGGACUUCCAGGCAUUCGCGGAUUUCCCGGUGUUUCGGGUGAGAAAGGUGAACGUGGUGCAAUUGGAUUACAAGGUUCUGAGGGUGCCCAAGGCCGUCCCGGUGAACCAGGGUUGCAAGGAAGUACGGGGCCACCAGGUUUACCAGGUGAGCCUGCUGAUAGAGGUGAACCUGGUGUUCGUGGAUCUCCCGGGGAACGCGGAGCGCCUGGAAGUAUUGGUGAACGUGGUCCAACUGGGCUACAAGGACCUCCUGGCUUCCCAGGGGCUACUGGAGCUGUAGGAAUGGCUGGUGUUAAGGGUGAUAGAGGAAUAACAGGACCGAAAGGAGAACAAGGAGUUCCAGGUGGCCUAGGACCCACCGGAGAACCUGGAUUAAUUGGUCCAAUGGGACUUAUGGGAGGUAAAGGGGCUCGUGGAGAACAGGGUAUUCGUGGGGAGACAGGUCUUAUUGGUUUACCGGGUCGUCCAGGAGAGCCUGGACAACCAGGUCAGCCUGGUAAUCAGGGUCUCCCUGGACAAAUUGGAUUACCAGGUGUAAAGGGCAGUGCAGGGGACAUUGGUCGACCGGGUGCAGUAGGGCAUGCAGGGCCUUCUGGAGCUCCUGGAAUAAAUGGUAUGAAAGGUGAGCCAGGAAAUGAGGGCCCUUCAGGUCCGAUUGGUCCUCCAGGAGCGCCUGGAGUUAUUGGAGAUAGAGGAAUGCCAGGAUUACCGGGCGCAGUUGGUCUUGUGGGACCACGCGGAAUGCGUGGAGCACCUGGGGAACCUGGUUUGCCGGGAAAAGUUGGUUUAUCCGGAGCACAAGGCAUUUCGGGACCUCCGGGUCCACAAGGAAUCCCAGGAAUGAUAGGAGAGAUAGGACCAGAAGGUCAACCUGGUAAACCGGGCACCGCAGGAAUAGCGGGUCGCACAGGAGACAAAGGGCCUCCAGGGACACCAGGACAAGAUGGUCUACUAGGACCUCCAGGAGUACCAGGACCUAUAGGUCUUACAGGUCCAAAGGGACAUACAGGUGAACGAGGAGUUCCUGGACAUCCAGGUCCUCAAGGCGUUGAUGGACUUCCUGGAACACGUGGAAAACCUGGCCCACCGGGUGCUGAAGGUGCCAAAGGAGAACAGGGAAUUACAGGUAGCCCGGGUGUAAAAGGUCAUAGAGGAUUUACUGGUUUAACAGGUAGUGUAGGACCUCGCGGGCCUCCAGGAGAUAAAGGUCCCAUUGGAAAUGAUGGGCCACCUGGAAAGCCGGGCGAUCAAGGUAGUAGAGGUGCAACUGGACUUGACGGUUUGCCUGGGAGACCAGGAAACUCUGGUGCAAUGGGUCCGAGGGGCCCUACUGGAGCAGAUGGCAAACCAGGAGCACCAGGACCCCCAGGACCACCCGGACCACCAGGCCCUAUAUCCGAAACUCUGGACUACAAUGCAGCCACCUUGGCUGCGAUAAUGAGCCAAGGAAGUUCUACUAAAGGUCCGCCUGAUAUGCAAGCUGAUGAAAACCCGGAAGUUUUUAUGCUAAGAGCUUAUAAACAUCUCAAAUCCACUAUAGAAGCUAUACGGGCUCCAAAUGGUGAUAAGAAAAGUCCCGCUCGCACGUGUCGUGAUUUGGCAGCUGCCCAUCCUAACCUACCUUCUGGAGAAUUUUGGAUCGAUCCAAAUGCUGGUGAUAUACGCGACGCAAUUCUGGUACGAUGCAACAUGGAGGAUAAGACAACAUGUAUAACCCCCUCUCCUGCUAUCUUUGCACCGGUGGCACCACGUGGUGUUGCAUGGCUUAGCGAAGCAGGCAUAAUACCUUCUUACAAAAUCGAUUCUCAACAGCUGGCUUUUUUACAACUUCUGUCAACUAAAGCGACUCAAAACAUUACAAUACAUUGUCGAAAUCAUAUAGUAGCACAGGAUGAGCGCUCCACUUUUAGAAAGGCUGUGACAUUGCUAGCAUGGAAUGAUGCAGAAAUCACAUCUAGAGGAAAUCCUUGGUUACGCUAUGAAGUACUGCAAGAUGGUUGUAAAUCACGAGAUGAUAUAUGGGCAAGCACGACGCUCAGCUAUAAUACCACCAAGACGGCAAGAUUGCCGAUAAUGGAUAUAAGCACCCAUGAAGAUGAUGAUUCAAAACGGCAAAUACGCCUCGAAGUAGGUGAAGUGUGCUUCUUCUGAGAUGGAAUCAAUGACUAGAAUAAACAAAUUAUUAAUUAUUCUGUACUUCAUAGUUAAAUAUCUAAGCAAACAAAUAAAAGUUUUAAACCAUAGUUAUUCUCAAAUAUUUGUAUAACUUCCUUAAUGGCACCAAAUAACAAAAACUGCCAAGGAAAUAUUUUCCUUCCAAAAUAUAUGGAAAGAACGAAAUGUUUAUAAUUUUAAAUGUCAAUUAAAAUUUGAUCAGAACUAUAAACGUCUAGUUCUUUAUAAAAAAAAUUAAACUUAUAUUAAACGUGUAAAUAAUGGUCUAUGUAAUUUAACUGAUUUCUUAUUUCGGUUCAAAAUAGUUACGAAUUUAGCAUGUCACUUCACGCUUUCCAUAGUUGAUACUGGCGGCCGCCCGGCGGGUGCUAUUGUGAAUUACGGAUAAAAUACCAGCGAGACGGCUAUUCA